AUGCCAAACACAUAUAAAAUCAAGAUCACAAAUGAAGACAAAUGGAUCGAAUCGACAAAUUGCUACAUCUAUUCAGCCCCGAUCAAGUCGAAGGCAACACUAUAUGUCUCUCUAUACCAGUGUAUCAAAAUCGGAGCCAUGGAGUCCGGGACAGUUACAAUAGUCCCGGAACCUUAUGCUAUCGUUGCAACAACGCCUAGAGACGACAGCGAUCCAGACAAUAUGCCUCCAGACGGUCUCAGUGAUUUACAGGCUCGGCCGGUAAAGCUGACUAAGCGACCGGUGAAGGGCUCAGUAGUUAAGAUUGAUUGUAGCACAGAUCAUGCCGCAGCUGGUGGAAAGAAACCUUUCUUUGAUGAUUCCGCGACAACAACGACGACAAUGGAUGGGUCCUUUCGUAUAACUACUUCGACUAACAUUACUCAUUCUGCUGAAGAAAUGAUUGUUAUGGGGAUGGGACUCAAAAAUCCACAAACCGAAGAAAUCGUCCCAGUCGCUUUGUGCUACGCAAUCCCUGACGGCACAUUAACUUUCACACCAGAGUUAAAUGUUUACUACAUCGCUCUUGGCGAUUUUACAAUGGGCAACUUUGAAAAGAUGGAUUAUGUUUCAUAUUCUUGGUUUACUGAAAUUGAUUUCCGUGGGAAGCCUCCAGGAAGCGAAAUCGCCGUCACAUGGAGAAGAAACCCGGAUGGUAAUUGUGAAUGGGUUAGACAUUAA